AUGUCCAAUAAUAGAUAAGAUCAUACUCAUAAAACUAUAAGCAAUAUUAAUAAUGUUGGCAGAGCCGAAUCUCAUCCUAAUUAAGCUGGAAUUUAACUGGUAAAUUAAUACCUAAAAAACCCUAAAAUAAAAAAUAGAUAGCAAGCAAUCACUAGAACCAGACAAAGACAGGGAUAUUGGAGAAAGGUGAAUUAAGAUAGAAUCAAAGUCAUCCUUCUUAGCAAAAGCAUUUAUAAACAUCAAGUAACCGCUCAAGGCCUGAGUCCUUCAAACAGAGGUUAAAUAUCUAGGAAAUCAAAGCCUAUUAAGAAAGCAGAUAAAUCCACCAAAUCUUUAGCCUCUAUUGAUGACAGACAGUAGCCUAACACCAAUGCCUAUAAAAAAGAUGACUACGUUGUAUGUGGAGUUUGUCCAGAUGUGAAUUAAUGCACCUGUGGGCUUAAUGGGACUGACAAUAAUGGUAACCGCAAGCGAUAAACUCAAUACCUAAAGAUAGAUGACAAUAUGCGUAGAACAAUAGUAUUUGAGGUCAUGGUGAUGAAAGAAAGUCUCAAAAGUGUCUGCGAAAGAUACGGAGUCAAUUUUUCAAGCGCCAAAAAUGUCAUCUAGAUUUAUAGAAAAGAAGGAAGACUUGAGAAGAAAAUCCAGAAAAGCCGUAAAGCAGGAGCACACAGAGGAAAAGCCAACGGAGAAAGCGACUAUUCCGAAUAUGAAGAUGAUGACGAAGAUGCCGAAUACGAUGAAGAUGGCUAGAAAAUGGUCACUCUUGCACCAGAGGCGCAAAGAUGUAAACUGAAUUUAUUUGUGCAACCAAUAGAAGAAGAGGAAGGAAGUAUCCAGGCAAAAGCCUUUUUCUAGAUGAAUUUGGAAUAGCUAUUGCAAGCAUCGCCUGAACUCAACAUGGACUUGCGUACCUAGUAUCAACUAAAGAGUUUAGGCUAGACUCUAAGCGAUAAAAUUGUAAAGAUACCUAAAAAUGAGCAGUUCACGUUAUAAGUUGCCUCUUUCAGUUCAGCGGCCAACCUUACUGAUGAAGAUAAGAUGGUGCUACAUUAAAUGCACGACGGAUGUCAAAAAGAGCUUAGCAAAUAUCAUCAUAUCUACAAGGAACAAUAGCCAGUCACUAGCAAGGCAGUUUGA